AAAAAAAGUUUGUUUUUUAUACUACAAUCUAAUAAAUUCCCUUUUCCCCUUCUUUUCUUUUUUUCUUUUUUCUCUCUCUUUGUUUCCAUUUUUGUGCAAAAUUUUCACUUUACACCUUCUGGUACUUACUUGCAGAUCGAAUCUAGAUUUUUCUUUUUCAAGGGAGCGUUGUAUCUUUCUUUGCUGGCUUCUCCGUGGGUGUCAUCAACUUGUCAACUGUAUGUCCAAGGGAGGCGCAGUGCAGCCUGGCAUAUCAGAUGUUUUUAAGUAAUAUUAUUAUGCUUGAUCAGUGCCGAGAUGGGCAGCUUCUAUGUGAAAUUUCAGGAGCUGUUGGUUUUAAGCAUACCGUUACUUUGCGUUAUUAUAGAAGUUGUAAAAGCUCUCAGUCCUGAUGGUCAAGCACUUAAUAGCUUUAGGACCGCAAUCCCAGGUUCAGACAGUAUUCUUACGCAUUGGAGGCCAGAAGAUGCUGAUCCAUGUGGUUGGAAAGGAGUGCAGUGUGACCUGAAGUUCAAGAGAGUUAAAUCCUUGAUCCUCCCUAAUCUCAGGCUAAGUGGGCCUAUUUCGUCAGAUAUCGGGAAGUUAGACCAGCUUCAGUUUCUAUCUCUUCAUGGCAACAACUUCUAUGGGACUAUACCCCCUGAACUAGGAAAUUGUACAGAGCUGAAAUCUUUAUCUCUGCAGGCCAAUUAUUUAAGCGGAUCGAUUCCCGAUGAGUUGGGGAACCUAUCUAAGCUUGAGAGACUAGAUCUUUCAAGUAACUCACUCAGUGGAUACAUCCCAGCAUCACUUGGGAAGCUGACCAAUCUAUUCUUUUUCAACGUGUCAGCAAAUUUUUUGGUUGGGAAAAUACCUGGUGAUGGGCGCCUUGAUAACUUUGGAAAUGAUUCCUUUAUUGGAAAUCUUAAAUUGUGCGGCCAACAAGUUAAGGUGGUGUGCGAUGACAGUGGUCCUGCAUCAUCUCCUCAUCCUUCAGCAGAAAACCAAAAUAAGAAGAAGUAUUCUGGUCGAUUGCUCAUAAGUGCCUCUGCCACUAUCGGAGCACUGCUACUGGUGGCGCUUAUGUGUUUCUGGGGCUGUUUCCUCUACAAGAGACUGGGUAAAAAUGACGACAAAGGCCUCGCAGUGGAUGUUGGUGAAGAUGCAUCUAUUGUGAUGUUUCAUGGAGAUUUGCCUUACACUUCUAAGGAUAUCAUCAAAAAGUUGGAGGCUUUGAAUGAAGAACACAUAAUUGGUUUUGGGGGAUUUGGUACUGUUUACAAGCUUGCAAUGGACGAUGGCAACAUGUUCGCUUUGAAAAAAAUUAUUAAGGUGAACGAGGGAUUUGAUAGAUUUUUUGAGAGAGAGCUUGAAAUUCUUGGAAGCAUAAAACACCGUUACCUGGUAAAUCUGCGAGGAUACUGCAAUUCUCCAACAUCGAAGUUGUUGAUAUAUGACUUCUUAUCCGGAGGCAGCUUGGAUGAAGUUCUGCAUGAGAGAUCUGAGCAACUAGACUGGGAUGCACGGUUGACUAUAAUCAUGGGAGCUGCAAAAGGACUGGCAUAUUUACAUCAUGAUUGCUCGCCUCGUAUAAUACACCGAGACAUAAAGUCGAGUAAUAUUUUGCUUGAUGGAAAUUUCGAGGCUCGAGUAUCUGAUUUUGGACUGGCCAAAUUGCUGGAGGAUGAAGAGUCUCACAUAACAACCAUUGUAGCUGGCACAUUUGGGUAUUUGGCCCCAGAGUACAUGCAGAGUGGUAGAGCUACAGAAAAGACUGAUGUGUAUAGUUUUGGAGUUCUGGUUCUUGAAGUAAUAAGUGGGAAACGGCCCACUGAUGCAUCAUUUAUUGAGAAGGGCCUCAACAUUGUUGGCUGGUUGAAUUUUCUUGCUACUGAGAGUAGACAACGGGAUAUAGUUGAUCCACAUUGUGAACGGGUACAAAUGGAGAGCUUGGAUGCACUGCUUUCAAUUGCCACACAAUGUGUCUCUUCAAAUCCGGAGGAGAGGCCCACCAUGCACAGAGUUGUGCAGAUUCUUGAAUCUGAAGUCACGACACCUUGCCCCAGCGACUUCUAUGAUUCGAACUCUGAUUGAAUGUUGUAACUAAGUUGGAAGAGAAUUUGAUGUGGAUUGUGCAUCAGCUGCCUCAUGCAACAAAAACGAAGAAUGAUAAUAAGGGGAUCAAGAUCUGCAACAAUUAGCAGUGUAUUCUUGUUUAGUCAUUCUGUCUGCAGAUUUGCCAAUUGCCAAUAGAUAAGAAAGGCCAUCUCAACUGUCAUCAUGCUUCAAGUCAUGGGGUUUGGUGUGCUUUGUUCAAUUUUUCUGUUUCAUCAUUUUUUUUCUCCCUCUGCAUCGAGCUUUUCCGUUUCCCCCUGGCUGUAUGGGGAUUUGUAUGGGUGGUAUCGGCAACCAAGGCCCUCUUUUCUUGUUGUGUUUCCUCCUGGCUGUAUGAGGAUUUGUAUGGGUGGUGUGGGCAACCAAUUCCUUCUUUUCUUGUUGUAUCUUCCUUCGUGUUUUCUUUGUAGUCUUUUCUUUUAACUGUAUAUGAAAUGAUUAAAUUGACUUGACAUCAACCAUUUCCGAUAUUGAUCUCAUUUUGUAUAUUGUAAUUCACCACAAUAAUUGAUAUAUGAGUUGGCUUAAAGUCUUGAUUUCCCAGGA